UUGUCCCAGCCUGGGGGGUGCCUGGGGAUAUCUGCAGGAGUGCUGAGCCAUGGGUGCAGGUUAUGUGCUGGGACUUAGUGCUGGGGGUGAUGUUACCGCUGUAAGUGGGGCUUGGGUGAGCAGGGAGGACAGACAGAUGGACGUGGGAUGUCCCGCAGCUGUGUCCCAUUGUCCCUGAGUGGUGACAGCAGCCCUUCCCUGGUGCUCUGCUGAGGAUGCCUAUGGAGUGAGUACGGUACCGGACUCAUUUCCUUGUAGCUCAAAGUGGCUGUGCCAGGGUGAUGGGAAUAAAAAGGGGCAGUUCCAACAGCUGUGACACUGCUGUUGUGAUACCAUGAGCAUGGAGGAAGGUUGAAGGUCUCACUCUCAUAUAAAGGUAGGGGAUUUCAUGCUGGGGGCUUCCCAUCAACCUCUCUUUCUCACAGAAAUGGAAGACGCUCCAAUGUGAACUUUUCUUCCCCUCACAGUCCCAUUUUGCACCCACAUUGCUCAAACUCUGUGUGGGCCAACUUGCCCAGAGCCCAGCAGAUCCCACGGGUGGUGAUGCUGCGUUCUCUGGCCAGAGCAGCCUGGCAGCUCCCCAAGUCCCCAGGAAAGCUCUGACCCCAUCCUGUAUCCCGGGUCAUUUCCCCACCCCCCUGUGUCCAAUGUGGCUUCUGAAGAACUUUUUAUCAGUUUCCAGGAAAAAAAAGAAAGGCAAAAAGGUCGGUGAUGCCCAAAGUGGAGCUGCCCCGUUGGCUCUAUAGGGUCAAAGGAACCAUUGGAAAAGCUUCUGUGCACCCUUCCUGCCUCCUCUACAAGCCCAUUCCUCCUGGGGGAUGCACCAGGAUGGGACUGGCAAUGCUUGUGGUUGGGAUUCCAAUUGCCCACCCUGGGAACUGGCAUCAGCAGCACUGAGGGUUUUCCUUACCCCAUACUAUUCCCCAGGGGAUGAGGAGCAGGUAAUGAUGCUCCACAGCCAUGUUGGCGGAGAAGCUCUGUUCCCACAUCCUCUCCCAUCCCCAUGGAUCACAGCCUGUCCUCCCUUGAUUCACAGGGGGCUUCUCAGCUCUUCCCUCUUGAACUCUGGUGGAAGUUUCAAUCAAUGGGAAGCAGGGGCACAUGGAAACGAGUAUCAGGGUGAGGGGGUGAUGCCAGAGGUUCUUUGCUCCUCUCAAUGGAACGCUGCAGCUCAGCUAAAGAAGAAACGUUUUCCCAGUUUCUUUUUGGCUCAGAGCAGCACUCUCCUCCCCCUCUAUUUUAAUCUUCUAUUCUGGGAAAUUAUAGAUCCGAAGGGAGAAACGGGCGACGGAGAGCAGCGCACCCACCACAGGCGCUAAGCACAUAUUGACACAAGGCGUAAUCAAUGGGGAGCAGCAAAGAGCUGAACCAGCACAGCCCCACUGAUCAAUGUGAUCAGAGGGAGAGCCACGGGCAGGUAAGGCUGUGUGCUAAAGGCCUCUCUUGUGAAAGCAGCAAGCAAAGGGAGAGCAGCAGCCCCUCUCGCAGGCCCUGUGAAGCUGCCAUCUCCCAUUGCACUCCAUGAUGUCUGGGACCCCAGGAGUGGGGCAGUGCAGUGUCACUGCAGCCCUUGUGGCCCUCAGCGUGCCCGGCCAGGAACAAAGUCUACGCUGUUGCUAUGGAAAAGGCUGUAAUGGUAUUAAGGGAGAGAGCAAAGCCAUCAAAGAAAGCUGUUCUGCAGCUUCCCCUGCUCAGCCCAGCUUGAGAUCCAGGUUGGGAUGUGGGUGCAUGGCAUCCCUCCCGGGGGCAGUGAUGGCACUUUGGUGGUGACGCUGGCACUGACAGCAGCACAGGAGGCACGAUGUGACCAUCACCUUCCUCGUGCCAUCCCGUGACUCCUGCCUGCCUCAUCCCAGCUCCAUUCCCCAGCAAUGAGUGUGACACCUGCUGGGUGAGGCAUCCUCACUCCUUCCCCAGCAGCUCUAAGGAGCUGAUGCGGGGGUUGACAUUCCCAACACUUAAUUGUGUGCAGGGGGGGAGUGGGAGGUGCUGGGGCACCAGCUCCGGAAGCCCUAAUGCCUCACACACUCCUCAAGGUAACAGUGAGGAGCAGGGCUUUGCCUCCAGCACCAAAACCCUUUUGCUGGUGCAGGAAGCCUGAUAGUCUGAUAGCAAAGCCAGUGCUGCACUAAGCCUGGCUGGAGCCAUGUGGGGCAGUGCUGGUGUGGGCUGUGAGCAUUGCUGGUGGUUCUGCAGGUUCCAGGACUUCACCCAUGUUUCUAUUGAGCUCUUUGCACAUUUAGAGCUAUAUGCAAAGGGUGGCUUGCUGGUGACAACCACCACGUCACCUGCAUGCCUUGGCCAUGAAAAAGCAAGAGGAAAGGAAGGCUGGGUGCAAAGCUGGUGUUUUGGCCCUUUGUGAGGUUCACUGAACAUACAUUUGGUGUUUAUGUGUUUUUUCUUUCUUUCUCUUUAGGUUGCAAUGGCAAACUAAGGAGCCUUGCUGCUCGUGCUGUGAGCUGGGAUGUUUGUAUACACAAACCAGGGGAACAGCAGCUGCUGCUGUGUCUGCUGGCUGUCAGUGCAGCACCCUGCGUGAAGGGUUUGCUCCAAGCCAGGCCUUUGAGGCACUGCAGCUCCAUAAAUAGCACUGUAUGUGUUAAUCAGUCUUAUACUGCCAUGAACGUGAAGACCAGUGGGUGAAGCAGGUUCCCCUUGGGAGCCAGCAUUGGCUGUGACCACCUAUUUGCACCAGGGCUCUGCUCCUCUCCCCACUGUGCUGGUGCUCUUACUGCAGGCUUCCAAGCACCCCAGUGCUGUGGGCGUGUGUGAAUUUGGCUUUCUUGCUCAGCUGUGGGUGUGAAGAAACUGUGAAUUCUCCUCAGCGCUUUCAUUACCUUAAUAGAAUGACUUCGGGGCUAUUAAGUUCUUCUGCAGAAAAAUAAGAUGUAACUGCAUCUUUCAUUAGCAUCUCCAUCCCCUGAGCCCCAAAAGAGCUCUGCUGCUGGAUCGCACAUCUGUAGCUUCAUAUAAAAUCCACGUCAAGGUGCUUGCAGGCCUUCAGCUGCAGUUUGGACCAGCUGCUGCUGUUGGGGAGCUGGAGAAUGGUGCUCAGCACGUUGUUGUGUCAGGACAGGCCCUCCCCCUCACUUACAGCCUUAGCUUAACUAUAAGAAGCUACUCAGAGCUGUGGUCCCUCGGAACGCUGCAUCACCACCAACGCUUUCCUUAAGAGGGAAAUUCUUACCUAAGCUCACCUGCUCUGCAGGAACAGCUUCAAAUAAGAUAAAAAGCAGCACUUGUUUUACCCCAUAGCUGCUAUUCGAUGAGUUCUUCCAGCGUUAUCUUCUGUUCCUCAGCACUCUGUAACCCUCACUUGUUCAAGCACUGAUAGCUCUGUGCAUGCUUGGGACUCAUCCCGGUCGUGCUGGAAGGUGGCCAGUUGGAUUCAGUGACACCGCAUAGACCAGCACAGUCCAGAUUUAGCUGUCUGGGCUCAUCAGAGUUCAGUGCGCCUCUAACAGUGAGUGAACAUUGACAAACGAGCUGGGACAAAUUCCUCUGAGUCUGCAGCAAGUCAAAGUUCAGCCACGGCUGUAAGGGAAGCAGCUCCUGCUUGGAGAGCUGCUAGCAAUGCUCAGUGUAGGGAACUUCUUCCUGUGCCCUGCGGUGUCUCAUUCUCAACACACAACUGGCUUUCGUAGCAGAGUCUUUCAGUCUGUGUUUUGCUUUAAAACUUACGUUUCUCCACAUUGCAUUGAUGCUAAGCGAUAAGAUUGGGAAAUUCUUCCCUGCUACUGGUUGGAGCUGAAAGAUCCUAAUCCCUUUGGACAGCUCGUUGGCCUUUCGUAUCCGUAUUGCUACCCUUCCUAGAUGACGCAGGAGAUACAAGUACAGCAGAGAUGUGUGCUAAGCUUCUUGCUGAAGUUUCUGCUCUGUGCAGUGUCAUUUCUUUCCCUCCAGCAGCUCCUGAGGUGACUGCAGCACUUUGCUCCACCUCAAAAUCGAGGUGGGUAGCUCACCCUCUAGCAACCAAAGUUGAUAGCAACAGCACUUGUGCUUUCCCUAGAGAGGAAAGUCACUGCCACAGUGAUCCUUGGGUCCUGCCUUCACUCUCAGUCCUUGGUACCCAAAUACUGUGCAAAGAUCCCAGCCAGUGAGCACUGAGCCUCACGCACAUGGAUUUUGGAAGUGCUGCAGAUAAGGAGAAUGUAACUGCUCUGACGGAGCAAGCGCAGCAUCUUGCUAACAAAAAUGUGCAGCUGCAGGAUAGGAAUGAGAGGCUCUAUGCAGGAUUUGGAGAUGUGCAGGAGAGGAUGGGGAGGCUGACUGGCUCCAAACCAGAUUUGUCACCCAGAAUGAUCUUCAGUGAAGAGGAAAAACUGAAGAUUUCCAAAGAACUUGUUGACCUCCAAAUUGAGACAAACAAAAUGAAGGAGCAGUAUGAAACAGAGAAAUUUGAACUGAAAAACAUGAUCCUGGCCCUGGAGAAUCGUGUGCUGGAGCUGGAGCUCUGCAGUGAGAAAGUCAGUGGGGAGCGGGAUGCCUUACGGGACCACCUGCACGCCCUGGAGACCAGCAGGAAGGAGCUGGCGGAUGAGUACAUCAUUUUGAAAAGCAAUUACCUGGCACUGGGCAAAGAACUCGACCAGGAGGUCUUAAAGAAUGAAGAGCUCAGCCUAGAGCUGCUCAGCCUGACCAAUGCCAGGAGCACAGAAAGCAACCAGCAGCACUCCCAUGCCUCUGCCACCGAGUCUGCUGCUGAGCCAGACAGAGUAAUGGUGCAUCGUCCCCCUGCUCAGAAGGUGAAGCCAGAAGAUGUGGCUGCCCCUGAACAUGAGUGGCAAAACCCGGGAAGAAAUUUGCUUGGAAACCAGGAUCACAUAAAAGAGGAGAUUGAAAAACUGAAGCAAACCUACGAUUCGCAGCAGCAGAAGCUGGAAGAGAAAGUGAUCGCAAUGGGGAAAGAGCUGCAGGAGGCGAAGAAAGCAGCCCGUGACCCCCAGCAGAAACUGGCAGAGCAGUCAGCAGUGCUGCUGGCCUCUCAGAGCCAACUCCAGGAGGUGGAGGCUGAGAACUCCCGGCUGCAGCUGCGGCUUAAGGAGCUGAGCGAGGAGUAUCGCUGCCGGCUCACGCAGUACAUCAGGGACGUGGCGGAGUACGUGGACAGCAAACCCAGCACCCGAACCGGGCCUAGCAAGGCUCCAGCUGAGCAUGCAGACAUGAAACGCCUUGUGGACAACAUGCUGAAGGACAUCAGAGCUUCCUACAAGGCUCGGGAGGAGCAGCUGGCUGGAGCAGCACGUGGCUACAAGAAACGCAUGAAAAACAUGGCCAAGAAGCACGAGAACCUGCUGAUUGCAUACAGUGUGCAGCGAGAGAAGAUCCGCUCCUUGGGCAGCAGUGAGAUGGAUUCUGGCCCUGCUGAGCUCCACUUUGCCAUCACAGACCCAGAGCUGCAGACAAACACAACCCAGGAGCUAAACAGGCUGCGGGAGAACAAAGUCAAACUGGAGCUCCAAUUACACGAGUUGCAGAAGAAAAGACUGAAAGAAACCUCAGGUUUUCAGCUGUCUCCUGACCAGAAGCGGGAUGAAGAGGGCUGGGCAGAGGUCAGGAAGCAGCUCCAGGAGUUCACACACAGCACCCAGGAGGAUCUGGAGAAGGAGAGGAGUCAGCUGCUGACACGGGCAAUUGUGGCAGAGGAACAGGUGUUGGAGCUGCAGGAUUACAUAGAGAAGCACCUAGCAAGGUACAGGCAGGAGGUGCUGUGGGUGAGGAAGCUCGCUGGUGGUGAGGAGCCACGUGCACGCAGUGCUGGGGCAGCUGAUGCUCACUCACUGCCCAGAUCCAGGAAAGCCAUCAGCCGUGAGCUCUAACUCUGCCCUGCAACUGCAGGAAGCAGCACAGUUAUAGGGGGGGGGAAAAAAAACAAAGUUUAAAAGAAAGGGACUUUCUGUCCUGAGACUGGCCAAGGAAAGCAUCAUUCCCUGGCCAAGAGAUGCAUAAUGCAGGGAACCAUAUGGGUGUCCUCAGUGUCAAAUUAAUGGUACUAAAAUGGAACAAGACAG